ACUUACUCUUUUAUCUGAUCAAAGGUGGCCGAUAGCGACAUGAUGCGCCCUGGUUUGAAAGCAAUUCGAAAUGCCGACUCAGAGGCCGCGCUCCAGGAAAAGUGGAAUGACUUUCAAAGGAGAUUUGCUCAUGCGAAAGAACUUAUCGCCUACAUCAAAACUUGGAUGGAACCCGAAAGGUUGGCCAAAUGGGCCCUUUACCAGAGAGAGAACAAUCAGCAUAUUAACACGAACAAUUUAGUCGAAAGUUGGCACAAGACAUGUAAGCGACAAUACUUGGGAUACAAGAGAGAUUUGCGUCCUGAUGAUCUGAUCUUUUUAUUGCAAGGAACGGUGGACAUUGAUUAUAGGACAUCAUACUACAGAAUCAGUCGUGGACUACAACCCCUGACACUGUCUGAAGCUGCUUUGGCAAGAAGAGCAAAGGCAAUGGCGCUACCAUUCGUUGAUGCCAAGGACAUGGUAUCCGAACCAUCUCAGGACGGAAAGUGCUGUCUUUCUCUGACUUCAGCAAGGUGUAUUCGAUCCAUACAAACAAAGAUAUGUAGACCAUCGUUUCUUGCACCUGCAAUGAUUAUGAUCGGCACAAAGAGCCUUGCAAGCAUAUGUAUCUUGUACCAAGGAUCUACUGCGAAGUGGAGAUCAGCUACCACGGUGACCCAGCAGAUGAAAAAUUUCAGGAAAAAUCAAAGGGAGCGACCACUGGCAACGACAAUGGUUACCUCCCUCUGGAGUCCAUGCUUUCCGACAGACUCAAGCUCAUGCUCCAGAAGCACAGGACUGAAAAAGAAGAGGCUGAGAAGUUGGCCAAAGCGAAAGUCAAAGAGGCCAGGCAGAAGCGAGAAUGGGAAGAAACCCAGGCACAGUUUGAUGCCGAUCUGGAGACGCUUUUCGACCUUGCAAAAAAGCAAAAAAAGAAAUGCACGCUUUUGUACUUUAAAGGAACGGCAGCCUUGCUGCACACCACUGCCCUUUAAGCCAAAGGACUUGGUAGCCGUACUCCGGCAGGGCGUAAGUGCCAGUGAAUAAAGUUAGUCAAACUACAAUAGUGUCAAUUGUCAAUUGUGAGCGUGCAAUAGUAAAGGUCAAG